AAAUGCAAGAAAAUCGGAAAGGCUCAAAGUCAGGCGCUGAAAUGAACAUCGACUUUACACGUGAAAAGACUUCCAACUAUAUUUCUUGUGAAAAACCUUAGUAAUGGUUGAAGAUACUUCAUCACCUACCACAAAUGUCGCCGAAGAAGAUCCGUUCAAUGAAGAUAAGGUAAGAUAAGAAUUUGGCGCCAUAAUCUGAGUAAAAUUUCCACGAGCCGACAUGUUGGUUUUGCUAGCACCAAAGAUCGGAGCAAAACAAAAACAGCCUUUUGUAUCAUUUGUGUUUUUGAUGCAAAUAUGCCUUGCAUAUUAUCAGGCGAAAGAAAAGCAUGUUGACAAAGGUUGCAAGCAAACAAAUGCUUGAUUUUUCGGGAAUCUGAGAACCAGAGUUGCCAAGAUAUUUGCUGUCCUUCACAAAUGUCAUCAGAACUGUAAGCUUUAAUCUGAAGCUUGCUUCCUUGCUUCUUGUGGGUUUAAUCUGCUGUGGCUUCAUUCUCUAAAAUCAAAUGUAAGGAAUAACAUUAUUUGUUUCGGGUCCUGAAGCUUCAGCUUGAGUACUAAAUAUAAAAAAGAUGCCAGUUUUCGUCGAAAUAUAGUUUAAAAUUGAAGAUUCUCCGAUGAUCUGAUCCUAGCUCUGAAUAGAACGCGAUUAUUAAAACUUCUCUGAUAAUUAACUUUAAAGCUUAAUACUUUUACUAAUCUGUGAAACUGGUUGACUUUUUUAGGCGGAAAGGCGAUUUCUUAACUCCAAGCCAACAUGCUUUAUUGUCAUUGGGAAGCCAGUAAGUAAAUAAAUUAUUUUAUUUUCAUGCAUCAUACGUUAUAAAUCUUUGAACAUGUACAGUUCCUCGAUUGUUUAAUCAAAUUAAGCCAAUAAGCUUUCAAAGUUAUUUAUUUUUUUGUUGAAGAUUUUUAACCUAGUGUCACAAAUUCCUUUCUUCCACCAAAAAUUCAGGGAUCAGGGAAAACAACACUUGCAAAGAAGUUAGCCAGGGUAUGGAAGUGUGAGCUCAUAAAUGGUGAGUAUUUCAAGGAGUUUACAUUAAUAUCUUAAUUCUCCUUACCAUAUCAAGAACAUGGCAAAGCCAACCUUGCAUCUUUAGGUACAGUUAAAAUUUGUCAUAAGCUUUUAUCUCAACAAAUUUGAUUCAUCAGUGAAAAUCAGCAAAAAUUUUGACAUUGUAAAUCCACUGUUAACUACUAUCGAGUUACAUNUUUUUAACCUAGUGUCACAAAUUCCUUUCUUCCACCAAAAAUUCAGGGAUCAGGGAAAACAACACUUGCAAAGAAGUUAGCCAGGGUAUGGAAGUGUGAGCUCAUAAAUGGUGAGUAUUUCAAGGAGUUUACAUUAAUAUCUUAAUUCUCCUUACCAUAUCAAGAACAUGGCAAAGCCAACCUUGCAUCUUUAGGUACAGUUAAAAUUUGUCAUAAGCUUUUAUCUCAACAAAUUUGAUUCAUCAGUGAAAAUCAGCAAAAAUUUUGACAUUGUAAAUCCACUGUUAACUACUAUCGAGUUACAUGGCCAUUACAUGUAACUAUUAUAGUACUGCUCUUACUUUACUCUGGACACUAUGGGGCAGGAAUUCGAAUGUCAAAUUACUUGUUUAUAAGCGUAUGGCUGUAUUUAGAAUGCCUAAGACAUCUCAAGCAUAAAAGAUUCAGAUGUCUUAGCUUUCUAGAACGUAGAGUAUGGGAAUGCAGCACACAAAUUUUAAAAACUUCAGAGGAAUCAAACAACAGGCGCUGAUAGUUCAAAUAGUGGAUAGUGCUAUUCACUGGAUAAAUCACUAUCUAGUGGAUUAAGUAUCAGGGAAAUCAAUACAUUAUCCAGUGGAUAGACAUUAUUUAUCCGGAACAACUGGUGUCAGAUGUCUUGGCCAGCUCAGAUUUCCGUUUUUUUAAGCCCCAGAAGGGACAGUCACCACAUUUCUCCUAAAAGGUUCAAUACUUAAUCAAGAGAAAAUGCAAUGAGAAUUAAUAAAAUGAUCAGAAAAUAGAAGUUGCUUAGAUCUUGAACAGGAUUCUCCCAACUUAUACCAUCUGAAAAAUGGAUAAGAAUAGUUUAGAGAAAUUGUACAAUAAUGUACAUGUGUGGAAACUGAGAAGUGAAGGGUUAAGCUAUCAAGUAUAAAGAUAUACUAUCCCUCACAGUUAUUGUCCUCCACUAUCAAUUCCAUCUAAUGCAGAAAAAGAUAUUUUUCAAAUUAAAGAAAGUUUGCUGAAGAACAAAACAGUAAACUUAGCCCCUAAAAUGCUGCAAAAUAUGCAUGGCCUUUUAAUCAACAGUUUAAUUUCUGCCCUGAUUAAGCAGGCAUUCAAACUGGUCCUUAGCUUUUUAAGCAAUAGAAAACGUUUUCUGUGUUUGCAUAGUCUGAUAUAAACACGAGAGGAGUUAGGAGAAUUCGAGACAGUUAUGCAAACCCAAGACGAAGUUGAGGGUUUGCAUAACUGUCGAGAAUUCUCUCAACGCCUCGAGUGUUUAUAUCAGGCUAUGCAAACACAGGAAAAAAGUUUUCUAUUGCUUUUAUAAAAUAACUUUCCCGAGAAAAAAACGCAAAACUCUUUGUAUGGCACUGAUUAAAAGAGAAAUUCUUACCAGUCGCAAAAUCUUGUCCACGAAGUCUUGCACGUGCAAUCAGUUUUUGUUUUCCAAAAAGAUGCUUUCCAAAAUACGGAUUCUUCUCACUUAAAAUGUGAGCUAAAGUGAAGAAAAAUUGACACACCUUCUUUGUAACGAUUUUCCAAGUUUCAGCCGACGAAGGAAUGGGAAAAUAAAGUAAACUUGUCGAGUUUUGAACAUGAAAACUUUUUCAAAUUCGUGUUUGUGUGACUAGUGCGCGAAAAGCCAAACAACUUGACGCCACAACCAUGUUUACAUACUCUCAUGCAAAUACUCCUCUAGGCCAAUCAGAGCACGCUUACUAUCUUAGUUAUUUUAUAAACACACAUGUAGAUGAUGUCAGCAUAAAUGUACAUUAUACCAAGUACAGUCCAACCUGUUUAAAGUGACAUAUCUCUCAUUGUUGGUCCAACCUGAGAAGGACAAGAUUGUGAAAGGUUUGAGCCAAAGAUGAAGAUGACUACUGCACAGAUUGUCGAAAUGUCAGUCACUGCACUGUCAACAACAACAGUCCUAUUCAGGACUACGUUCACCUCAACGAUCAUACUCAACCUACUUAUGAAAGAUGAUAUUUUCACAAAUAAUUUCACUGUGAACAACAGAAUCUCAAUCAAGUGUCUAAUGUUAGUUCAUUGUUUGUUUUAUUAAGUACCCACUUGUCCCUCAGCUAGAUUACCAUGAAGUCGACAUCCAUGUUCAUGCAUGAACUGAAUCUUUUUUUGACACAGGCUCAGAAAUAAUAAAUCAAGGAAUUGAACUACAGACAGAGCUUGGUGGAAAUGCACAGGAAAUUUUGCUCAGAGGUGAAGCAAUUCCUGAAGAAGUGUGUGCCAAAGUUUUGCUAGAUAAAAUCAGUUCCCCAGAAGUGGCUCAUCAUGGUGAGUAAAACUUUCUGGUUUGCCACAUUUAAAAAUUCACAUUUUCACUACUUAAUACCUGUAUAGUGGAAGCUCUUGUUAGCAGACACCAUUGGGACACAAAAAAAGGUGUCCAUAACAUGAGCUGGCUGCUAAUGGGAAUGUAAAAAUAUAGUGUUUUUAUGGGAGUUGAGAAAAACAGAGUUUUGUGUAGGUGUCCUUGAGUGUAGCUGUCCACUUAUGAGGGUUUCCAUUAACUUAGGAGAGCUUUCAUUGGAACAGUAACCAAAAUAAAAAUUAAAAACCCUUCACUUUCACUUUGUAAAAAUUAAUGCAGAAGAAAUGAAUAAUUUCAUGCAAAUAAGGGUUUGUGCUACAUUGUACCGUCACCAGGUGGCCCUUUGUCACACCUAACUUUUGUUCCUCGGCAACCAGAAAAUCUAAUUUCUUUCAUUGAAAUCAUAUGCUGGACACCCUGGAAAAGACAGGCUCAGAGCAAUGGGAUUCUUUCAAUUUUUUGUUCAUAGAUUACAGCAAAAGGUUUCAUUUUAACCAUCACUCUUGCAUGUAGCUAUCAAUACUUUGCAUGUGAUAUACGUACAAUAUCUUAUUCUAGGGUAUGUACUGGAUGGGUUUCCGUCUUUAUGUGAGGACUGGCUGUCAAUGGCUGAUCAACUUGACCUUGUGAAGAAUCUUCCUCUCACACCAGAUUUUAUCAUCAAUCUUAAGGUGGGUACCAGCAAUUUAGAUUGCCAUGUAGUUGUAGUACUUUUUGAUCCACAGACAGGGAGUUCGAGUCAUAAGGAACAACCCCCAGCUAUUAAACAGAGUGGUAACCUGCAAACAAACUCUUGCAUGUGUGAAGAUGGGGCAAGUGGCAUUUGAACCUGGGGAGACAGAGGGUGUGUUCGAUUGUAGGCUCGAUUACUAGCCACUGUUCGGGAAAAUGAGCCCGCACUCAUGAUCGUCCCCCGGAGAGAGGGGAGGAUCAAAGACCUGACCCGGGAGACGGCGGAAAUCAAGCCUAGUUUGAUUGAAGCUAUUCCAGAAUUAGAAUACACCGAAAUUUUGUUACAACUCUUUUACCACUACUGUUUUGGACCACUGGAAUUCUACAUGCAUCAUUAAUGUCUUUUUUUCCGACCAGAUGUGCAGAUGUGAUGAAUUACCUUCAUAAUGUAGCACACAAAACGGUGAUAUCUAGAGUUUUUUCCAUUUUAUUCUUAUUCCAGAGUACCAUGAAACAAACUGACCUGAGUUAAAUUGAAUCCACUCCUCAACACUAAUUAUCCAGUGGAUACUUUCAAAAAGUACCAAAAAUUGAAGGUGUCAUUCUUGCAUUGAGCCCUCAAUUAUAUCAAUAUUUGUUACAUGUAUGUGUUUACACCAUGUUGCUUUUCAUAAUUAUCUUGCCCUGACUCAAAUACAUUAUGUUGCUUUCAAAUACUAAAUGGACUUUACAUACCAUAUCUCUAACCAGAUUCCUGACAAGGAUUUGGAGAAGCGGCGCUGUGAACAACGAGUAGAUCCGCUAACUGAUAUCCUGUACACAAAGAGUAAAUAUGCACCUGACAUGGCAACAAACGAAGAGAAAGACAAAGAUGAAGAAGAUGAAGAGGAGGAAGAAGAAGAGGAAGCUGAAGAGGAAAUGAUUGAGGAAGAAGAGGAGGUACUUUAGCAAAGUAUUUAAUGUAAUGAAGCUGGCUAUAUAUGAAUUUCAUAUACUGGUUUUUUGCACAGCAGAAUGAGGAAAUACAUUGUAAAUACAACGAAGACCAUCGCAGUUAAGACGCAGUUAAACCGAUUCUAAGAACCCAUGAUUUUUGUCAACUGGUCGAAUGGUUCUUAAAGUAAAGUGGAGGGUGGCUUUUACAGGUGUAUAUAAAACUGCUGCUUACAGUACAGCUCACUCAAUUUUUGAUCUUGAGAAUUGAGUCUCAAGUCUGGAGAAUUGAUUCUCAGGUUUUAAGAAUAGAGACUCAAGUCUCAAGAAAUAUAAUGAGCUUGUCACUUGACUGAUCUCUCGAGGAACAAAUUCAUCAAACUGACUGCUCUCUGUUUAAAGGAUUGUGAAGUACAUGCUGUGGACUGUGACAAAGGGCUUUUGCAAUCCUUGCUUACUUCCGUGAUCAAACAAAAUUUGCACUUUCGAAACGUAUCUGCGCACAAAGGACGAAUCUAAUGGCUCGCAAAAUUCCCCACUUGUUCUGUGGUUUUGAAACGAAAACGUAAAGUUUUCGUUGUUUGCCCCUGGCGAAGAAUUACGUGUACCACCGAUGAAAAGUAAAUAAACAAGCAAAAGUGCCUUGUAAAGUAUAAUGCUGCUGCAUUGCAGUUCCAUGUUUCUCGUCUGAAAAUGACCACGAACAAAAUAGUCUUGAAUAAUCCUUCAGAAAUGAUGACUUUUGCUUUUAGGAAUACUACAUCGUUGUUUUAUGAUUUAUAAAGUUGUGAAUUGCAUGUUGAAGCAAGAGGUUUUGAAUUACACAUGACUCCAUACAAAUCUUUCUAAAUUUGACUCAGUUCAUAACAUUUGGAACUGAGUCAGAUUUAGAAGGAUUUGUGUGGAGUCUUCAGAGCAAAAUGGUACUAGUAUCUCCUAGACAAUUUGCCUCACAAUGAUAAAUUUUGGCAAGUAGGCCUUUCAGAUGAAAAAUAUCCCAACAAAUCCCAUAAUUUCAAAAUUUUAAUUUUUAUAACGUCACUUUAGAACUCUAUCUCCUAUGCGGUUGGGCUGAGCUUACGUACUGUUACAUGUUUUAUAUGCACCAAAAAUAGAACAUUGCUUAUGUUUCUCAAGAGAGAAUUCUUAUAAAAAUACAACAACUCGAUUAUUGAACUCAAGAUGAAAAACCUUUUGUUAGUCCUUUUUUAUCACCUAGAAAACUUACACAUGACAUGUACAUUUCAAGCGCUGACACUUGGUGCAAAUUUACACUGUAUGUGCAAAUGUCUAUUGUUGUUUUUCUCGAAAAGUAAAUUGUUUUCCUGAAACCCUUUCAAGUGAUAAAUAUUCAAAAAUGCAAGUCUCUAGAAACUCAAACAAAUUGAGUUUUGAAAUGUGAGAAUCGAGUCUCAAGUGGGGACUGUUAACUUACUUUUUCAGAGUGGUACUGUAUAUCAAUUAGCUAGUCUUCAAAACGUCAAAUCUGUUAAAUGACUUUUUUCCAAAGGAGGAGGAAGAACGUGAGGAGAUAACACCGGAACUUGUUGCAAGGCUUGUCACCAGACCAGAAGACCUUCCUCAGAAUGUUGCUGCAAGCGUUAAGAAGUUUCGCGAUAUGAUGCUGAGAACCUUAGAGGUACUUCCAGGUUGUAUUGUAUGUAUAUACAUGACAUGUCAUGUACAAUGAACGUCAUGGAUAUUCUUUCUCUUUAACAUAUGGAGAUGGAACUGUUACACAAGGAAGCCAAGGUUCUGAUGGGUGCACAGGGAAAUCAUCUACAGUACAGUUAGAUUUGUCACUUCUGAGAUCUCUUCAACCUAUCACCACAGUAGCUUAUUAUUUUUGGAAAACCACUAAAUUUUAUAGUUCACAUGUUUUUUUGUAUUUGUUACUGCAUGAACAAAAUUUAUCUUUAUUUUUAGCUUAAAUUGUUCAUCUUCUAUAACUGUAGGACUACAUGGCUGAUCACGAUCAACAACGGCUAAUAGAGCUAGAUGCGAAUGAGAGUCCAAAAGUAGUCUUUAAAGUGAGUUAUCUUCUAUUUCAUUCUUUUUGCCCUUAGUGUAUUUGCAGUUUUUAUUAUGGAAGGUAGCAAUGCGUUUUAAAUAAUGAUUAUUUUGAUUUGUGUUUCAUGUCUCUGUUAGUUACAAAAAAUUUUAAAAACUGCUAACUACUUCUUCCCUAACCCAAUCUUAUUUGUCACGUAGGUCAAAAUACUGGGUUAGGGGAGGGGUAGGUGCUGAUCCAACAUGUGUACUAGCCACAAGUUAGUCUAAGUUACCAUAUUAACUUAGGGAAACCACAGUCCAAAUUACUUUAUUCCAUUGAUUGUCAAAGUUUGAAACAUAAUUUCCUUUUAUCAUAGUCCUUGAUGAUGAAACUAAACACUUUCAAGUUGAACCACGCCCUUGUCCCUUUGCGCCUCCAAGGAGGAGAGGAGGGUGAGGAGAUAUCUGAUGACACUGAGACUGAUGACCUUCUUCGAACACUAGCAGCCACAGAAAUGGUGGCACCCAAGUUCCGCUGGCGACGUAGCAAAUGGGGCCGUGCAUGCCCAGUGGCACUGAAGGAGGGAAAUAUUGUACAAGGAAAUGCACAGUUUUCUGUCAGGUAGAUGAACACAACAAGAUAUAAAUAAAUGUCAAANCACGCCCUUGUCCCUUUGCGCCUCCAAGGAGGAGAGGAGGGUGAGGAGAUAUCUGAUGACACUGAGACUGAUGACCUUCUUCGAACACUAGCAGCCACAGAAAUGGUGGCACCCAAGUUCCGCUGGCGACGUAGCAAAUGGGGCCGUGCAUGCCCAGUGGCACUGAAGGAGGGAAAUAUUGUACAAGGAAAUGCACAGUUUUCUGUCAGGUAGAUGAACACAACAAGAUAUAAAUAAAUGUCAAAAAACUGUACUAGAAAAUUAACUCUGGGUUCUAAUCUUACAGCUAGAGCAGUUAGUUUUGGAGCUUUGGGGAGGGUUUGAGGGUGGUUAUAUGUUGUAAUGAAAAAUGGAUGACAUGUUGUUGAAAUACUCCAUGACUUUCCAAAUUCACCAAAAGGUUAACAAAAACAAACAACAACAAAGUUCAAUGGCUUGAUAAUUAUGAAGUCAAUUUUUAAUGGAGAGAAAAGUAGAUGGAAGGAAGAUGUACAGCUGGUUUGCUGAAAUUAAAUCUGGUUUGUCAUUUUACAGAAUCAAGUAUUUGGAUUCAAGAAUUGGAAUCUAGAUAUCAAGUAAUAUUAUGCUACAUACUGGUAUUUUCAACAUUAUUGAUAUUAAAUCUGUCUAAUUUCCAGUUUCUUGGACAAGCUUUAUGUGAUGUCAACAAAUGAGGCCCUGGCACACUUCAUGCGAAAUCCUCGCCCCUAUCUAGCCCCUCAUUUGCCCCGCCCACCCUGUAAAGUGUGUGUUUUGGGUCCACCACACUCUGGGAAGACCAUAGUGGCUCAUGCACUGGCAGAGAGAUACAAUGCAACGGUAAUUAGUUUGAAUUUCUAUCAUCAGUAGUUACAUGUACAGUGCAUUGUAAAGAAAAAUUAAUUUAAAUUUAUGAAUUCAUCAAAAGUUAAAGGAUUAUUACGUGCAUAUCACAAUUGAUUUUAUGAACCUGCAGAAUAUUGAUGAGUUGUACAAGUCAUUUAGAUGAAGCACAGUUUGUUAACAAAAAGAAAAAUUGGGGUUAAUUAUAUAACUGGAUAAUCAAGGCAAGAAUAAUUAUUAAUCUUCACAAAACUUGCACCUGUAGGAAUAAACUGGAUUUUUUUAUAUUUAAAUUUAUUCACAACACUGUUAUAAAGUGACAAACUUGAACAGGUUGCACAAGUUUUGACUUGCGGUUUCCCACUUUUGCAGAUCUUAGAUAUUGAUGAGUUAAUCAAGCCUCGGAGAGAAGCAGCCAAGAAGAAAAUGUUGGACGAGAUACGAGAUGAGACAGUUGAAUCAGCCAUCUCUAAAAUAACUGCAGCAAAGCAAAGUCAGCAGUUUGAAGCUUCGGAGGAAGAAGAGAGUGAGUUAUUUUUCAACUGUUUUGUUACUGGCCUCCUGUGCAGCUGUUUUUGUCUAGCCACUUAACUAACACUCUUCCUCAAGAAGUUUGAGGAGGAGUGUUGCUUGAUGAUCAAGACAAAAAUGGCUGCGUGUGCGGACUACUGUUUUUCCUUCACACAUCCUUUUCACUGAUUUUAUCAAGAAAAUAGAUUUUUAUUAGGCUGUAUUCUAAUGCAAGACAAAGAUUAGUGUAGUCAAUUGAAUAGGCCAUUUGUAGUUUCCAAGGUUGAGGUUAGGCUGGACAGUUUCAUACAAAUCACUGUAUUUUGACACCCCAUUGUCUCGAGUUUGUGCCUUUGUUUACAGUAAUGUGAGGAUGGUCAAUUGUGGCGUACACCAUUUACAAUACUGAUGAAAUGGACAACACUCCUGUUUUUUUCGUGGUAGAUAUUAUGAAUAGCUCGUUGCUCCACCUAAGGUUGUGUGCACUCUUUCAUAGAACCUGAGCCGCCUCCAACACAAGUUGAUGAAGAUAAUUCGGAGGAGAAAGAUGGUGAUAAGGACGAAGAAGCUGAAGGUGAGAAACAAACAGAAGAAGGUGAUGAGGAAAGUGUUGAUGAAAAACCACAGAAAAUUGUCCCAGAAGAGCUUCCUAUUGAUGCUAAUCAUCCUGAAGUGCUUCAGAUCGUGAAUGAAGUCUUGGCUGAAACUGAGAAGAGAGAGCCUGAACUCUCCCCAGAUGAGUACACAGAUGUGAUCGAAGAGGCAAUUCAAAAGAUUUAUGCUGAGCUACAAGAAAUGAACCCAGACGGGCCACAGUAAGUGCAAAACAGGGGUGGCCAGCUUUUUGACUUGUUGUAGGCCUGGCUGACUUUUACUCCCACAUAUCCAGAUGUCUAGAGGUUGUUUUUAAACAACCUUAACAACAAAACCUUUAUUUCCUUCACAUAUAUGUAUACGAUAGUGCUGUGUCACAAAGAAACAUGAAUGCCCAUUCAAGGCGGGUCAGCCACAUAGAUAAAAUAUAAAAAAACGAUUUAAAAACAACUAAAACAAAUUUGCAAAGAGUGUUAGAUGAGGGAUUUGGAAAAAAUCAAUUUAUCUUAUAUUAUCUCCAUCUUUCUUUUAAAAAAAGAAAAAUAUUUACAAGAGGCGUGAGAAAAUCUAGUAAUUUAUCUGGAGGUGUGCCAUUGGGACCCUCAGCUUCUUUCACAACUGCUCGACUGUGGCCCGAGCAGGUUCACUGUAAUUGCGCUGCCUUAUUCAAAAGUAGGUAAAGUAACGUACAGUGCUCCUUCCCCCCAGGGCACGCCCUAGGGCACAGAUUCGAUUAAAACAACUACCGUAUUACAAAUUAAAGUCUUGCCAUAUGCCCCUCCCAUCACAAAAUCUGAAGAAAAAUUGAGUUUGGUCGCAGUCUACUUGAUUGUCUAUACCAGAACGAUAUCUAUCCGUCAAUGAAAUCAUCCAUUUCUUUGGCAUAAGUGGUUUUUAUGAUUUGCUUUCUUGCCAGUGCUGGCGGGUACGUGUUGGAUAACUUUCCCAGAACACGCGAACAGUUUACGUCUAUGAUUGAAAGGAAUAUUAUCCCUGAUGAAGUGAUUUGUCUGAAAGAUGACAGUGAGAAUGGUGAAUUUUUACUGAAAAGAUGGUAUCAGACGAACAAAGAAGGUAAGAACAGUGUAGAGUUUUGAAGUCUUUGUUACCUUGUUGUCGACAUAGUAGCCUUAAAUGCUUGAUUUCUUGCUUCUUGGUAGCCCGCGUAGCAGGCGCUUGGAAGUAGUGGGCGCAAGAGGGAGACACGCGUGUCUCUCGCGCGAGCCCGUUUUUUCCUGCGCACAUUACUUCCAAGCGCCUGCUACGCAGGUUAGCUUCCUUGGUUUUGCGCAAACUAUUAUUGGUUCCAAAACUCCAAAAAAAGGGAAAGUUUUGAAGCUCUCAUGGGCUGUUAAGAUACCUAAAUGUCCUGAAUAGUUGAUAGAUGAUUGAUGUCAGAUAUCCAAAUCACCGUUAAGGCAGUACGCUUUAUUUUCCGGAGUGUUUUUUUCUACGCUGUUUUGUUGGUUUUAUACGUAAGAAGCAGAUAAAUUAACUUGUCAACGUGUGGACUACAAAACAGUUUAUAGUUGCGCAGGUCUAGAACGCGUAUGCAGUCGAACAAAAGAUCUGGACUGAGGGUGAAAAGCUGAGAGUGAGACUGGGGAGAGAUGCGGAAACACGGACUGUGCACUUUGCAUAAGUUAAAUUCGUUCGGGUUUUUCUCUCCCCUCAGAUUCAUGCCCUUUGUACCUACGAGACCCAAACGCCGAAAAAAACCGAUUUUGAGAAAAAAAACCCGACUGUGUUGCAGUCUAACGAAAUAUCUGAUAUUUCCCCCUCAGAGCUUCACAAGAAGUGGGAGACCAGACGUGCAGAGGAGAGGGCUCGCCUGGAAGCAGCACGAGCAGAGAGGGAGAGGAGAGAAAAAGAAGAAGCUGAAAGAAGGGCUGCAGAGGAAGCUCAGAGAAAGGCGGAGGAAGAAAGACUCCGACAGGAACAGGCAGAAGCGGCUGGUGAGGGAGAAGGGGAGGGAGCUGGAGAUAAGGAAGAGGGUAAGGAGGCUGAGGAAGAGAAGGAGGGUCAGGAACAAGCUAAAGAAGAGGAAGACGAAGAGGAGGCAGCUACUGAACCUAAGGCUUCUGACUCUACCGAGCUUCAGCCGUCGGCUGAAGACUUGUCACUUGAAGCAGCACCGGAAGAAGAGGAGUUCCCUCUGGAUUCAGACAUGCCCCCUAAUUUACCCGAGACUGAGGAGUUUAAGAAUGUCAGAACAAACUAUGAUCGAGACUUUCCUCAGCUGCUUUCUGUGCUGAAAGGCACCAGUAACCUUGAUCUUAUCUCGGUGUCAGUUGAACAGGAAGUAGAUGCUCUGAACAAGGAGAUUAUAAGAAGAGUUGAAGGUAUGCACAGAGGUUUGCUGGUGUUUUACUUUACCUUACUUGCAUUAUGUUGUUAUAUGUAAAGUUAGGUGAGGCUAAUGGAAGACUCUCGGUUAGCGAGAAAAAAACUGUGGAAAGCAAACAAGUGCUCAGAGCCUUCGUCGUGAAUUCGCUGUUUAAGGCGUUAGUCAAUGACGAAGCAUGCUUUGCACGUUUAGACUUAAAUACUUGAUGAACAGCGCAGGUAAAAAGCUUUAAUGGUAGAUUUUCUUAACAAGCAAGUUCGUGGAGGUCGCAUAUCUAUACUUGGGAUGCAUUCUCUCUGAAGGAAAGGAAAGCUAAAUGGGUUUUAGGUCGUCACCUUUCACUUAUGAAACUAUCUUUCUCUUGCUUCAGCGCCGUUUAACUACCGUGGCUGGGAAUACACAGGAAUGGACCAAGACGAAGAAGAAGAAGAUUUCGCCGAAGAAGAGGAAGAAGAAGAGGAGGAAGAGGAAGACAUUUACAACAAGGACAAGAAAAAAAUCUUUGGCGAGACAAAUCACUACUGCCCUGUUAUGCUUAAGGAAAGAAAUGUUUUGUGGCCUGGUAUUGCUGAAUGCGCCUCUAAGUACCGUGAAAGAACGUACUUUUUCUCCUCGCCCGAAACUAGGGCUACGUUUUUAGACGAUCCAGAGAGUUUCCUACCCAAAGACAAACCUCUCGAGGUGAGAAACAGUAGUUAAUAGAGAGAUCAACGCCUUAAAUCCCAAUAGUGACCAUUAUCAAUUUUGUCCUAACAAUAUCCAUAUGUUGCCAAGAGAAAUGCUUAUGAGAAUUAAUAAAAUGAUCACCAAAGAGAAAAUGCUUUGAUCUGUUAUCAAACUCUCUCAACUAAUUCUUUUAAGAAAUGUAUGAAGAUCAGUAUGGAGAGUUUAUAUGUGGGUAUUGGGGCUUAAAGGGUUAAGAUUCAUGUUUACCGCAAACGGCAAACGUCAGACUCAAGUUGAGAAUUUAGAGAAUAGAAAAUAAGCAGAUUAAAACAGUCUCGAACGAUUCCUAUGGUUAAAGCUGGUAUAAAACUACUUGUUUUUGUGUAGAAGCAGUAAAGAGUAAACAGAAAAUAGAGGGAAAACUUGGUCACGUGAUACAAAUUAACGUCAGCCUUUUGGCGUAAACGUGAAUCUUAAUCUCUAAUAUUUAAUAUCCUGUUUUACUGGUAAAAAAAGUAAAGUUUUCUUAUCUUUCCAAAAAAGUUGGCGGACCACAAAUCCAAACCACAACAAUAAGUAAAUUAAAAGAAUAAAACUGAACAAGAUUUAUUGUUGGGAGUAUAUUCACACCAGUUUGUGAACGUUUAGUAGCUCGAACCCAUGGGACCGAUCAUGCUAAAAAAACAGAAACUGAAAGAGCAUAAAAGAAAUAGUGGGUCCGGCAAGUUUCAAGUUUUUCAUCCUUAACACUGUGAUUUUAUGUUGGUUUGAAUGACAGAGAAAUGGUAAAUGUAGCUAUUGAGAAUUCCGCUAGACCGGUUCUUCCUUCCGUUCAGUCCAGUAUUUCCCCAGCAUACAUUUCAACACCCCUAAAAUACGUCUUUUGCGUUGAUCACCUCAUAAGUGGCUGAACUUGCUGACUCGUAUGGCAACAAUAAAACUUUUUAAAUAAUCAGUUGCAGUCUUGUCUGGUUGUCCUUUUGGUCAACCGUUGUGGAAUUAUUUGACUUUAACUUAAUCUUUUUUUACCUUUAGCCUCCUCCAGUCCGUCUUCUUGUCAUUGGUCCUAAAGGAGCUGGAAAAACUCUUCACGGCCGCCAACUGGCCAAGCAGAUGGGCGUGUUUCACAUUUCGUUCAAAGAUCGGCUGCAGGAACUAAUCAUUGCUAAGACCAAGAAGAGGAUUGGGCCCGAGUAUGAUGAUGACGACGAAGAGGAAACAGGGGAACAGGCCAUCACGGCACCUGAUGGAAUGGAAGGAACUGGUAAGCAGUCAAUGAUCUUUAGUUUACCGUGAUGAUUCGAUUUCAUUACCUUGUGUUAAAUAUAAUUAUUAUAACUGUUUUUCUUAUAAUAUAUGUUGUUCCGUAAUUGUAAAGGGCCAGUUUUUUUAAAACGAAUUUCAACUUACACUACAGUUUACGGCAGCCAGUGGAUCUGUUUAUAUUUGCGGGGUUAUUCUAUUUCAUCGAAUAAGCCCCCAUGUGCUUAAAAAUUGGCUUAAGAGUAGGCGUAACCGUGUCAUCAACCGACACAAAAUGCUCAUUGAUAAAAGCAAUCCUCCGAAAGCGCGGAAACUGGUAUUUUCUUUACUUGCUAAUGUAUUGUUUACUUGGACUCUUCAUGUAGAAGCAGAAGGUGCUCCGAAAGCCGAGGAAGGCGAGGGAGCAGCGGAAGGCGAGGAGGGAUCUGGAGCCGAAGGAGAAGCGGAACCGGAACUUACAGAUGAAGAAGAGAGUAUCCGCGCCAAUUUAGCUGACGGUGAAGCACUUCCCAACGAAACUUUGGACAAUAUUCUUCCUGCAUUUUGGAACGAAGAGCCAUUUAGGUAAGGCAAAAUUCUAAGACAAAUGUCUUGUGCUCUUUGGCUGCUGGAAACUUUAGGCUAAAUCUUAGACACGUCAUAUCACCUAAUACAAUACAGUUUUUAAACCUGCUGUACUGAGUAUUGCACAGCGUUCACAUUCCGACGUCCCAGAGAUCGUUUCCCUUACUUUGUAUAAAGCGCACCUCUAUUGAGCGGCCACAGUCACCGUUUCCAACGUCACAAAGAGUUAUUUUAAGAGUUGCUACACAAGUACACUAAGGUCAUUUUUGUAUGGCUUGUAAUAGUUGGUAAUUUCUCAACUUCCUAAGUUUUUUUAUGCAUCUCUCUGCCUGUCACCGUUUUCUUCUUCUGAUGUACUUUUGGCCUGGUCAAACCUGUAUUCAGCGGUCCGCUGACAAUUCCCAAAGUUUGACCGCUUAUUUUGAAAUAUCUUUUCUUACAAGGUCUACUGGAUUCAUCCUGGAGGGCUUCCCUCGUACUGAAGCCGAGGCUCGUUACCUGUCCACUUCCGGUCUGUUUCCUGAUCUUGCUGUCAUCCUGGUGGUUGACGAUACAGAAAUCGCGGAUCGGCUUUUGCCUCCGAUGCUCGAAAAGUGGCGCAAAAAACGAGAUAAGAGAGAGGCCGAAAAAGAAAGGCAACGAGCAUUAGCUAAAAAACAAAAGGUGAGAGAAAAACUUUAGAAUUUUCCUAACCUUGCCGCGCCGAAAAAAAAAAUACAGCUUUUUUGUGUAGGAAAAAUGUCUUUUUGCACGAUUGAAUGUAUGUUAAGAGUGUUCAACAAAUACCGAUUGAAAACCCCGAGGGAGUCAAUAGGGUACUACAAAGAAAUUUUUCCUUUCAUAAACUCUUACGAGUAUGCGUUAGCUCUGUUUACAUCUAUGGUUUAACUAGAAAUGUGUGUAAACGGCUUGGUAUUUGCAACGAGUUCUGACUGGUCUUGUCUGCCAAUUUUCGGUUGGAAUCGAGCAGUGUGAUAACCUCGGCUUAGUUUUACGAUACUUAAGUAAACCCGUUUUUAUUUAAUAACUAAAACGCGGACUUAAAUUUUCUUUACCUUGUCUUCCGCCAACAGGAUGAAGACCGAGCGCGUAGACGCGAAGAAAAGUUGGCAGAGAUUGAAGCAAAAAAAGCCGAGAAAAUGGUAAGACCAAACGAAUUCAAGUACGUCAUAAUCGUAAGGACUUGUUUUCGGAUUCGAAUGUGCGUGCUUGUUUGGCCUCGUGCAAAUUCGUGUCAAGUAGUAGUGCGUCAUAAUCGUAAGGACUUGUUUUCGGAUUCGAAUGUGCGCGCUUCGUUGACUUCUUGCAACUUCGUUUCACGUACUUAGUAGUGCGUCAUAAUAGUAACGACGAUUGUUUUUGCAUUAGAAUGUGCGCGCUUUUUUGACCUCCUGCAUGCACUUGGAGGCUCGAAAACUAUAGUUUGUGUACAUUGUUGACAUUGAAUUGAUACAUUUUGUUCGUUUUGAACUAGCAUUUAAACCACAAGGAACCCGAACGCUGUGAAAGCUAUAUCAUAUUUAGAUGUUAUUUUGAUACCUGUUCCUGAGUCUUUAGUCGUCUUUGAAGGGAUUUAAAUCAGAUCGAAGACGGUUUACCCUGCCGAUUUCAAAUAUUAAAUCUUGUUUGGCGCGUAGUGAAUUGGACACGACAGUUUAAUUGAAACCCAAAUGAAGACUGUUUCCAAAACUUGAGUCGUAACUGUCCCUUGGCCGACAAGACUAAACAUUUGAAACCGUCUUCGAUCUGAUUCAAAUCCCGUUCCAAACUCAGGAACACAGGUAUUAAAAUAACAACUGAAUAUGAUAUAGCUUUUACAGCCUUCGGGUUCCCCAUGUGGUUUAACUAGAAGAUUACUGAUUGUGUCGAUAGAGGCAAACAACAAGCAGAAUAAGUAGCGGGAAAAUCGUCGACGUUUGCCACAGACGCAGCGCUUUAACUCUGUAUUGCGUUACUUUGACGUCAGGCUCGCAGAGCACAGAGAGACAGCGACGACAGUGAAGAAGAGGAGGAAGACGACGAAGAAGAAGACAUUGAAGCAUUGCUGGACGCCGAGGAAGAAGAUGAGGAAGAAGUUGAGGAGGAAGAGGAAGAAAGCGAAGAGGACGCCAUUGAGAGACUUAAGACUGAAAUUGGAGAUCGAUAUGAUGAAGAGACGGGCAAACUGGCCAUUGUACAGGUAAGUCUUAAAAUCAAAAUUCAAAUUCUCAUUUGUUGUCGCUAUACAUUUUCUAUAGAAAUACAUAUGUAGCGGUGGGAAGUUAUUCAAGUAUCAGGUAGAUUCAUCUCCUGUGAUGAUGUCUUCAAUUCUCAUAACCCCUUUGUUUUAUAAAGCACUGAUCUUGCAAGGAGAAAUUUCCUGCUGAACAUUCUAAGGGCUUAAAGGGUUAAACUGUAUCUGGACAAGACCUGUCAAAAGCUGAGGGGAAAAGCCAGUGUAGCUUUUCUGUUAACUGUUCAUUUAUGUAUGAGAUGUGAUUGGUACGAGUGUGUUAUUUAUGAAGCAAAGACACUGCUAAAGCUUCUGAACGCAUUCAGGCCGUUACGAUUGGCCUAGAAAGAAAGAGAGGCAUUCUAUUUUAGGUGUUCCAUCAGCUGUUUAUAUUCUGUGAGAGAUGUCAGCGUGCAUUUAGAAUCAUCCCCAUGCAAGAGUAUUGAGAUUCGUUUGUAUUGACAGAAAAAUUUGUAAACUAAGCAAUCUGUUGAAAAAAAUGAGCUUUCCACGGGGACAAAGACGAAUCAGCGGAACUUGAGAUCCCCUCUCCCCAAAUUUAAGUUGUUUUGGUUUAUAAAGUAACCCUGGGUAGGCUGGGUGGGGCCCGUUCCUCUAUCUAGUUUGAUUAAGGGGAGGGGGUAGGAAAAAAGAAACGUCUGUGAAAUUGUUCAGGCAAAAGCAUUGCUGAAGGUAUUUUGCAUUCAGUUUGCCAUUUUGUCGGGUACGUUUGUCCUAGAUUGUAGGAUGAGAUGUUUUCUUAGUUAAUUCGACUAAACCACGAUUGCGUUGAAGUUUUGUACAAACGAAGACCUUGAAUGAAGAUUUUCUUUCAUCUUACAGGAAACACUUGAAGAACUUUCCAUUCCUCGAGUGGAUAUAAAUGGAGGACGCAAGCCGCGAAUUGUGGAGUACUGUAUCAAGAAGGUGCUGAAACCGGUUGUAGAUUUCAGGGAAAGCCUGUUUGACCGCUGCUUUGCUAUUGAUGGUUAUCUUGCCAACAGGAUGAUUAUUAUGGGAUACAAGUUUCCAAGUCGCUUUGGAAGGUGGUGUCCUGUCAAGGUAUUACGCCCAUUACUUUGUUUAAAACAGGUCUCAAAAAAAGCUAGCUCUUUCAGCUUUCCAGUGAGAACUUUGAGUCUUCUUUCCUGUAUUUCCAUUAGUAACUGAAGGUUCCUGUUUCAAAAAACGCAACCCAAUAUAUGACGACACUAUGGACUUGCCCAGAGAGGCAAGUUCAGAAAACAAUAAAAUGGCCUAAGAGGGCUGACCAUAUUACAGUAAACCUUGUAGUGUACGUAGUGGCUCAUAAAUUAGGACAAGAACAAAUAACUGGAAAAAAAAAACGGAGCAUGUAAGAAUCCCAGCUGACCGAAGGCAAACCAGUUGCACUUGUUACAAGCAAGGCCGAGGAGUUAAACUCGGGACUAUGGAGAACAAAUCCAAUUAGCUGUUCAGGACUCGAAGUCUGAGCCUCCAGAUUUGCAGAUCCAUUGCUGUAACUGCUCGACCACGCUUUCUCUCCCUGCCUCUCUUAGUUCUGGUGAGUUGAACCCAUUUACAUUUCAAACCGGAACAGAAGGUCCAAUAUAAAAAUUUUCAACUAACGGCAGGACACCCACACAUAACCAAGUGUUCCUUAACAACACUAAUCUGUUCCACUUUCUUUUUAGCUUCUCGACGGAGAAGUUCUGCCUCCUCAGCAAGGUCCCGGAGCUUAUACUUUUCCAGUAGUGUAUCGACAGCACGUUUACUUCUGCUCGGGACGGGAUGAACGGGACUCAUUCAUGCAGUGCCCGUCUCGCUUCUUGAAACAGCCCUCACCAAAGCCUGUAGUGCCUAUAAAGAUGGCGAUAAUUGGACCUCCCAAGUCUGGAAAAACCGGACGUAAGUAUUAAAAAAAUACUUCAACUAUUUUUUUUUUAUCUCUUUUUUGGCGAAUCAUGUGCCUGUUACUGUAUUGGUGUGGGAAUCAACCCUUGGGAAACCCGUGGAUUAUUGUUUAGAAAAUCCUCUUUCCCCCCUCCCACAUCUUAGCCUGCCGUUCAGCCAGCCCACGCACUCGUCUAGACCCUCGGGUAGACGCAGGCAACCCACAUCUUUGAUAUCAGAGCUUUCGCGCCCCUGUAUCUCAACCACAAACGAAAAACACACCAAACAACCAGCCAAAUAACUAUCUGCCAGGCAGGCGAGAACUGAAUUGCUCGGAAAGCAUAAAAAAAAACUACCGAUAGAAGGUGCAGGCUGUAUAUUUCAACUCCUUGAUAAAUUUCCAAGAUCAAGAAGUUAACACUAGUAUCUACUAAUACAAAUAAUGUUUCAGCGAAAAUAUAUCGGGCAGUGAGUUCGGGUCGAAGAGUCGAUCUCUGUCAACGUUAAGUGAGCGAGUGACACAUUUGCAUAUCGAAACCCAUCACAAAAGGCCUUUGGAUACCCUUCGGGUAUCCACGGGUUAAAAACGGAAUGCUGUUGUGUCCGGUAAAUCCAAGUGUCUUGCUACAAAAAGUGUCUUCUGUUCAUAGCUUGUUCAUUCUAAGGGGCAUGUAGUAAGGCUACUGGGAAUUUAAUUACCUUUUAAGAAACGGUCCAGAUAAGAACGAUAGCACUGAACGGCAACGAACAUGUUGGAAUGCAAAAAAGAUGCUAACUUUUCUAUUGUCUGUACUUACUUCUGAUUGGCUUAAACAGCAAAAGUUAACAAAACUUUACAAAGCGGUACAUAUAUUCAUCCUUACUUUCCAACCAUCUUCCAUAUAACAAAAUCUGGUCUCAGUUUGAAUAACAAAGAAAUCCUAUGUGGGGAACAUGUACCUCCUCAGCAAGGUCCCGGAGCUUAUACUUUUCCAGUAGUGUAUCGACAGCACGUUUACUUCUGCUCGGGACGGGAUGAACGGGACUCAUUCAUGCAGUGCCCGUCCCGCUUCUUGAAACAGCCCUCGCCAAAGCCUGUAGUGCCUAUAAAGAUGGCGAUAAUUGGACCUCCCAAGUCUGGAAAAACCGGACGUAAGUAUUAAAAAAAUAUUGAACUAUUUUUUUUUUUAUCUCGGCUUUUUUGGCGAGUCAUGUGCCUGUUGCUGUAUUGGUGUGGGAAUCAACCCUUGGUGAAACCCGUGGAUUAUUGUUUAGAAAAUCCUCUUCCCCCCUCCCACAUCUUAGCCUGCCGUUCAGCCAGCCCACGCACUCGUCUAGACCCUCGUGUAGACGCAGGCAACCCACAUCUUUGAUCUCAGAGCUUUCGCGCCCCUGUAUCUCAACCACAAACGAAAAACACACCAAACAACCAGCCAAAUAACUACCUGCUAAGCAGGCGAGAACUGAAUUGCUCGGAAAACAUAAAAAACUACCGAUAGAAGGUGCAGGUUGUAUAUUUCAACGCCUUGAUAAAUUUCCAACAUCAAGAAGUUAACACUAGUAUCUACUAAUACAAAGAAUGUGUCAGAGAAAAUAUAUCGGGCAGUGAGUUCGGGGCGGACCCGAAGAGCCGAUCUCUGUCAACGUAAAGUGAGCGAGUGACAAAUUUGGGUAUCGAAACCAUCACAAAAAGCCUUUGGGUAUCCACGGGUUAAAAACGGAACGCUUUUGUGUCCGGUAAAUCCAAGUGUCUUGCUACAAAAAGUGUCUUCUGUUCAUACCUUUUUCAUACUAAGGGGAAUUUAGUAAGGCUACAGGGAAUUUAAUUACCUUUUAAGGAGCUAAGUCUCGAAAUUCAUAAAAAUUCAUAAAAAUUCAAAUAGUGAGUACUGCCACCAAAUUGAGUGACACUUAGUAAUAACUGCCCAAAACGUAUCACCGCAAAUGCAAAAGAAGGCAACGAUGGACAAACGAGAAGAAGAUUGAAACGGAUUGCAAUUGUGGUUUUUGAAUAUUUCUAACAGUUUUUUAAAGUUUUGUUUUGUUGUUUGUAACGUUCGCUCGGGAGGUAUAUUUGUUUUACACAAAACUGUGAUUUUGUCAUUCAUAAGUGAUUUCUCGAUUUUGAUAGCGAAUACGGACGGGCAAUUGAUAUUAUAACCAAAAAUGAACUCGCUAGCUGUGACAUAGCUCCUACAAGUCUUGUUUCGGGUCAAUUUUCUCCACGUUAUCAAUAUAAUUUUUCCUGAUAAACUUUCUGUUUUUCUUGCAGUGGCAAAUCGUUUCGUGGCGGAGUAUGGGGUUGUAAGACUAUCCAUCGGUGAGGCGAUAAGAAAAGUCCUUAAUUUCCAGUCUUAUACGGAAUUAGCUCGACAAAUCAACCUACAUUUGAAAGCUGGUACAACUGUCCCCGAUGAAUUGGCUGUUCAGGCCUUGGAAGUGGCGUUACUGGACAUGCAGUGUCAGACACGAGGGUAAGGGCGUGUAGCACUUGCUGUGAUUGGCUGGCUAAGUUUUGUAUUAUAUACAACGUCCAGCGAUUCGUUAUCCAUAUUUGAAGUCUUAUAUCCGCUUUAAUGACUGGUUAUUAGCUAAAAGCUGGUACGUGCGUGUUUGAUGUAGACAGACUUACCAAUCACACCCGCAGUUAAAUUUAGUUCAAUAAGGUGUUUUUGUACACCACUUUUCCUUCUUAACCCUCCCCCCACUCCCUUCAUGCAAUGUUGUACCGUUGUUCGAGUAACCUGUAGAAAAACACCCCAACCUUGAAUGGAGAAGAGGGGGGAGGGGUGUGGAUUGUUAUUCUCCGAAGUUACCCCAUAUGAGGACAAUGUCUAAACAAAUUUGUCGCUGAUUGUAGGUCUCGAGUGACAAGUCCGGAUGCAACGCAGCCUAAUAUCGUUGGGCUACUUCAAUUUUGACAUCCAGUGGCCAAAAAAAAAAAACAGGGAAAUUUUAAGAAUUUGUGUGUAUACUUCACAAUUCAACAGGGUAAUGUAUUUUCUAUUAUCCUAACAUUCGUUUUAUUUCGUUAUUAGCUAUAUACUUGAUGGCUACCCUGUAACCAGACGGCAGGUGGAGCUGAUGACGGAGCGAAAGAUCAUUCCUGUCAGAGUCCUGGAACUUCAAGUAGAAGACGAUGAAGUGCUAAGGCGGGGAACUGCUGACCGACACGCUCCUACGAGGUAAAAAAACAUAGUCCAAAAAACACAUGUGUCCGCGUCUUGGACGAUCAAGGAAGCUUACACAACGACGACGGCAACGGAAGCGAAAGCGUCACCCAUAAAGUGAAUUCGGGCUGUUUACAACUUCAUCGCUCUUUUCCCAACUCUUUUUAAUUUGCCAAGUGUUUUCAUGACUUGAAUUCUGAUGGACUGCAUCUACGUUCACAAAAAUAGGAAAAUCGUCGUCUUGUGUUCAUCCUAGUCGAGCAGCGACGGCGAAGAAAUGUACAAAAAAGCGUGGUGCACGUGCAAAGCUGUUGUUUUGCCAAUUCAAAGCUAUGCCGUCAACGUCAUCAUUGCUUAAGGUUCUUAAUAUCUUGAACAGGUUAGGGAUAUGUAAUCUUCUUAAAAUCGUGUGACGUGUCAAUGAAAUUCAAUUACUUUUGAAUUCCAGAGUACUUCCCUUGCACGACAGUCAGCAGAUACUGGGUAUCAGGCUUAACGCCUGGCAGCGGGAGAUUUCGUACGUGAGGGAAUGGUACCAAAAGGAACACAAAAACUGGGUUUCUUUGGAUGGUCAGCGGUCUAAGUGGUGGGUGUGGAACCAAGCCCUGGAUGAAGCCAGGAAAAGUGUCCGUCAGAUUCAAACCUACUUACAAAGAUUAUCUGAAGGUAUUUCCAAUCACCCAAAUACUUUUUACUGUCAAACUCAGAAAACCGUGAACACCUGAAAAAUUUCAGGAAUGUUGAUUGUGUACUGGCCAAUCACAAUAAAGUUCAGGACACGCUAGCAAAUCUCAAAGGCACAAUCUAAUUACCGUUGCUGUUUGCGGUUUAGUUAUCUCGCGCCUUAUCGGCUUAUUUCUCGCAACACAAUAACAUUCCAUAAAUAUUUCUGGUGUUCACGCUUUUGUGAGUUUCACAGUAAUAUUCGAGAAGCUAUAACAGCUACUCUGCAGAAAGACCAGGCCCUGGUUGUUUAAACGUUGGAUUGCGCUAUCCACUGGAUAAAUCACUAUGCAGUGAAUAAGUAUUAAGGAAACUAAUUGUGCUAUCUAGUGGAUACAGACUUUUCCAUUGGAUAGCGUUAUCCACCGCUUGAACAACUGAGGCCAGACCCUUUGUUUUUGUUUCUUGCCUUUUCUAAAGAAAUAAAUAACUCGACUAUGUAUUUUGUACCCAAAACUGCGGUUGUGAGAGCUGGCGAGAAACGUAAAAACCAAUCAACAAACAAAAGACACCUUUCCCAUAAGUUUAGAGGAUACCAUUCUGUUUGGCUUCACUCGUUUCUUUGAUUGUUUGGUUUCCCCUUCCUGCACGUACUGCCACCAAUAGGGUUUAUCCCUCUUCUGUGAGAGUAACUCCCCCCACUCACCUUUAACGCUUCACUAGGUUUGCCCACUUCAUUGUCAAAGUUAACGUCCUUAUAAGACUACCAAAUCACUGUUAAAAACUCCACCUAACUCUACCCUCUCUUAUGCCGUCGCUGUUCUCUUUUCCAGGCAAAGCGGCAUCAGUGGCUGACAUGUGUAUCACACCUUCUGAGUGCCUGGUCAGGCUGGGUGAUUUUGGUCAAUACUGUCCUGUCAGCCUGGCCGACCGCGGAGAACUAGUCGACUGUUCCGUCAACCCUUCCCUGGAGUUUGCUGCUGAGUUCCGCGGGCGCUAUUACAAAAUGGCGUCAAGAGUUGAGUUGGAACUCUUUCUUGCGGACCCCGCUCGUUAUGUACCGCCUUUGGCUCCUCGAAAACUCCCCAAUUUGGAGCUCCUUCCUAAGCGAAGGACUGCAGCUGAGGUGAAGACCAUGUUCCCGAAACAAAUUGAGCUGAAGGGAUACUGUCCAGUCACUUACUUGGAUGGCAAGCUAAGGUGAAUAACUUAUUUUAGUUCCAACAAUGAGAAGAUACAAGAGAGCAGCAUCCAAAGUGUAACAAAGCAAAAUUCAACCCAAUCCUUGAAAAUCAGAACGCGUAUCUUUGUAGACAUGUUAUGAAGAACUUAGAACGCGACGAAAGUACUUGGCAUAUUUCAACCAAAUCUCUUGACGUUCAUCAAUCGAUAGACUGCAAAACAGUCCGUAUUUUUGCGUAUUCAAGUAGGCGCGAGCAGUCAAGCAAAAGGUCUGGAACGAGGCUGAAAACAGAGAGCGAGACUGGGGAGAGACGCUUUUUUCUCUCUCCUCACACGCCCUACGGGCGUGUGAGGCUUGCGCGCUUCGCGCGCGUAAGACUCUUACGCCACGCUUUACCGAUUUCUUUACUGAUUUUGAGAAAAAAACCGACUGUUUUUCAGUCUAAUCAACCGAAUGCAUAGCGGAUUAGUGACGGUCAUAUGACCAGAAAUGAUCAUGUGAGCGAAUGAUGCUACAUACUGACAUUUGUGUGACGUUACUUAUCGUUUUCCUUUUUGUUCUUUUCUUGUUUGGAAUAUCAUUAACAGAUACGAGAACAUCGUCCCGGGUGAGCCAGACCUAGUCGUCGAGUACAGAGAAAAACUCUUCUGCUUCGAGUCCGAGGAGAAACUGCAGAAAUUUAUGAGGUAACUUAAAAUUAUGCGCUCAAACCACCCACAAGUCAAGUGAUAUAUACGUAUGUCUGGUGAAUGAGCAAACGUGAUCAGCAAAGGCUGUAAGGCGAUAAUGAUUUUCGCGCCACUUUUCACGUUUGCCUUUCCCGACGAAAGUGAAGUUUGAAAUCUAUUCGUAUAUAUUAGAUCUUCUACUGAAAUCAAGACAUGAAGCCAAGAGCUUUAACGAGAUUGAAAUUGCCUGGCAAUAGAUAUCCCCAAACUGUAACUUCCAUUUUGUUGUUCCUAGUGUAACUUGAAUAAACACAAUGCUUAAUGUAUUAACCUCUCUAUUGUUUACACAUCUUUUGCAGAUUACCAGAGAAGUAUUAUAGUCUAACACUCCCACACAAAUUGCCACCCAGAAAAGAACCUAUGCUUGUCAGUGGACUGCCCAUGUUAGGUUACAUGGAGCAGAGUGUCGCUACAGCACUGACCAAAGCGUUAACUGCAGUGGGAUGUUUUAAACCCAAAUAUCCGUUUGUUGACGCCAAGAAGUCAGCUCUUCUCUACAUAGCCUAUCAUCUUAAGGGUAAGUGAUAUACUGCUGAAAACACGUUGUUUUUUAAGAAUUCGUCUAAUCAUAUUGCUUUAGAAACCAGUAAUUUGCUUAAGAGCGAAUAAGUGUGCAUGACGAAAUCGGCAAACAACCCUUGACUGGAUUCUUGUGUAUGCUGUUCCUGGCACAAUCCUUUAUUUAGGCAUCCUUUCACAUUAGUAGGCGUCUGUGAUGGCCAUGUUUACGGGACUCAUUCCACCCCCUUAUUGCGGGAGACCAGAGGAGCCUGCAAACCUAAUCUCCAGGUUGCUAUUACUCGUGCACAGCACGUAUGUAGCCAGGAUUCGUUUGUAUAUUUAUUUCAUCGAAGAAUGAACGUAAUGUAUAGAACGCAAUCUGACCAUGCGCGUUGAGACCUUCUGUCACCUGUAUCUGAUCACGAACGUUUUGAUCUUCCAUCACGUUAAACUUACGCAAAACACAGCGUUGAGCCUAGAGCAUUUGAACCUUCGACCGAUCUCGCACGAAGUCCCUAAAGUUUGGUUAUUACUAGCUUUAGUAAUAAAUUAAAAGGGCGUGUAAAAUAGGGCGUCUGCUGUCUGCAAUUAGGGAAUUUACGCAACAGGACGGGAGAGGAAAAAAGACGGCAAACCGUAGGUGAAAACCGUAACAACUGCGUUUCACCCUCCUUUUAACAGAUUGUUUUUACAACUACACCAAUAACAUUCAUGUUAAGUGAAGAUGACGACAAAACAUGCAAGUAAUAGCUCGGUCACGUUUGUCACACACAAGCGUUUUUCCGUCCACUUCUUUCUGUCGUCCUGUUGCGUGAACUCACCAUUGAAUUAAAGUUCCCAACAAAUAAAAGCUUACAGCAGUGGGUUUCUUUUACAUUUCAGCCUACAACCCAAAGAGCAGUGAGUACGUCCGGAAGAAGUACAAACAAAAACUAAUGAGAUUUGAAGAGGAAUGCGAGCUGAUUGGUUACCUUGGUAAACAGAUGACCAGUCGUUAUCGAGAGCCUGAGGAUCUCCCUAUUGAUUUUGAGCAUAAGUUGUCAACAUUUCUGGCACUCAAAGACAUAGAGCCCACAACCACGUGGUGUGCGUGACACUUCAUUAUCAGAGCGUGACCGUUUUGCGUGACCUAGAUUACAGAUUAUUUAUUUUUAAUAAAGGCAGAAAACACUAUGCAUACUUUUUAAUUUUAUGACGGCAGUAACAUGUCGGCAAUCAACGAUGUUGUAUAAUAGAUAUGUAAAUAAUCUGCAAGACAAUAAUAAUUGUAAAUAAAUUUGUUUGACCUCAAAUGCA